AUAUAAGUAAAUCUCAAAAGUACUGAAACCAAAACCAAACGACACAGAUACAGACCAAUCCUCGUCGUUCGACUCCCCCAACUGUAACCCUCCAAACCCUAGUUUACCAACACAACUCUCCAUUCUCUGCUCUCUCAACUCUCCUUACUCUCUCUCUCCUUUCCCACUUUCUUUGAUCUGUCAAUUUCACCCAAUUUCCUCUCCCAAACCCUAGGCCCCGCUGUCCCAAUCUUUCAAUUUUUCGGAUUUGGUCCCUCAAUUCUUUUUUUCUUUCUGUUUUGGUUUCCACGGCGGAAUUUUCGACCGCCGACGAGAGAGGAGUUUGAAUUUUGCUGUUUUGACCUCGUGAUCUGAAGAGGAAUAUUUGUUGUUUGUGUCAGUUGAUAAUGAUUGAUGGUUUUGCAAAGCAUUGAGCUAUGGAUCCUGAAAGCAAGAAAUUUGGAAUAGGGGAUAGGGAACUUACUGGUGCUGUUGAUCUCAUAAGUCACUUCAAGUUGCUGCCCCAUCAUGAUUUUUUCUGCAAGCGAUCACUUCCUUUAUCAAUUUCAGACACUCAUUAUCUUCACAACGUGGUUGGGGACACAGAAAUCAGAAAAGGAGAAGGGAUGCAACUGGAUCAGCUUAUUCAAAGUACAUCAUUUUCCAGAGAUACUAAUGCAAGGAUACAGCCUUUUGACUUGGAUGUCCUCAGAGAGGCCUUUCAAUUGAGGGAAACUUCUCCUGUUGAGUUGCCUCCUGCAGAGAAGGGGACUCCCACGAUUGCCGGGAAAUUGAAAAGUGAGUCCAAAGACAAGGAGAGGAAGCAUAAAAAGCACAAAGAUAGAGAUAAGGAGAAGGACAGAGAACAUAAGAAGCGCAAGCACCGUCAUAAAGAUCGAAGUAAGGAUAAAGACAAGGAUAAGAAGAAGGACAGGGGUGGGCAUCAUGAUUCUGGUGCUGACCCAUCAAAGAAACACCAUGAGAAGAAAAGGAAGCAUGAUGGAGAUGAAGAUCUUAAUGACGUUCAAAGGCAAAAAAAAAGUAAGCAUAAGAACUCAAAGAUUGAUGAAAUGGGUGCAAUAAAGGUAGCAGGCUGAAGAAGUGGCAUACAAUAGUUCAUUUAUUGUCUCAGAUGGUUGUUGUUGAGAGUUUGGAGGGGUUUUCCACUUGGAUGAUGUCAAAUAGCUUGAGAUUAGAACUGACUAAAGAAUGUUAAGAAGGUGAAUUCACCAGUGAAGUGUGUGGAUGCAAGUUUUUAUGGCGCAUUGGAUAUCUCAGCCUGUACACAUUAUUGUAACCUUUUUCUUCAUCCUUUUUAGAAGUCCAAAGUUAAGUUUUAUGAUCAGUUAAAAUUGGGGUUUUGCCACUAUGAAAUGUAGGAAGAUUGGAACAAGAAAGGAAAUGUGAAUAUCG